ACCUUGGAAUGCAAAAUCGCCAUUGCAUUUUCUGUGACAAGUUGCUUCCUGGUGCACUAUAAAUACAUGUUAACAGAAUCAAAAAAACUUAGAACUUUCCAUCGUUAUUAAUAGUUUCUCUCUAGAAAACACAUCUUGCAGAAACACAUUUUGCUCAAGUUCAAUACUAGAGAAUGUGUUUUCAAACCAUAAUAGCUAUGGUGCAUUACAACGGUCGAAUAAUCAACGACGAGCUUUUGUCAUCGCGAUUUGUGAGCCAAGUUUCACGAUAUCUCGAAAUCAAUAACUUCAUGACAGUAACGGCUCUCAAACAAACCAUUCUUAAUUUGUUCAUUGCGGCCAACGGAAAAUCAUACACCGUUGAUUUGUGUUACCGUUGUCCGGUGAAAACAAAUGAAUUAAAAAUUUGUUAUCGUACUGUGAUGAUCGAGGAUGACGAGGAUGUAAAAUUCGUGAUUGGUUAUGCCAAAAAAUACGAACCUCACGUACACUUUGAGGUCAUGGCAUUCAUCCGAGAAUACAUCGAAAUAUCAAGUGAUGUCAUUUGGGAGCACUUGGAUAAACAGUUAAAUGAUUCGUUAAAUAUCGAAAAAACUCAGUCAGAAAGGGGUUCUGGUAUAUGAGAUGAUCGAGAUCAAUGCAUCAGCGCGUACCGGUUUUACCUGCUACAAAUAGCUGAUGAACUCAGUUGUUAUAUAUGUAUAAAUUAAUAUAUCAAUAAAAAUAUUUCUUU